AUUCUAUGAAAUAUUUUGAAAAAGGGUUCAUUUUGUGCUGAACUUUGGCCAAAGGGCCAAUUUUGUGAUUUUUCACUGGUUUCGCCGUUCUGUCAGUUCAUUCUUCAUUCUCUCGCCCCUUCCUAAACCCUCGCCGCCCAGUUCCGUCCCGCUCCUCGCACCUCCCCACCCCCGUCGCCGUCGCCGUCGCGGAGAAGAAACUUUGCCGAUGUCUCUGGCCCGCCUCGGCCAGUCGCUGAUCCGCCGCCUCCACCGGCCUCUCCACCUGCCUCCAGCGCCGCCGACAGACCACCAUGCCGCCGUUUCCCGAUCUUUAGCUCUGAUCCACGCGAAUACAUCUGUAAGAGGUUUUUCAAGCUUAACAUACAACGGCGGCGGCUUGAUUGCUGGCAAGUUUGGAGGUCCGUCGCCUCUGCACGCUGUUCAGGUUCUGGAGCUCGUAGUUCACCUAAAUCAUGCAAGACAAAUGUCAUCAGGAGCUGUGGCACCGGCACCGGCAGGGCCAACGCCAUCAGGAGCACCGGUGACGCCACCGUCAGUGUCCAAAGGCGUUCCUGUUGGUGCUAAAAAGGUUGGUUUGAAAGUUUUCAUGAUGAGCCCUGGUUUUGUUUAUGAGCCAUACUGUGUCCGGGAACCUAUCCCGUUUUGGAAAAGAUUGUUUACACGAAGUGGCUGGACUAGAACAAAGGAGGAUGUUAUUCUGGAGAUGAAGAAUGCAUAUGCUGUGUCAAGGUUGAGGAAGAAAACCGGAUAUACCAAAAAACAGUUCUACGAUCAAGCGUUUAAUAUAUACAAGGAGGUUAACAAGCUUAUGGCACAAGGAGACACAUCAUCUCUCCGGAAAGCUCUGACGGACAGUAUGCAUUCUACUGUUAAAAAUGAAAUAAAGAGAAGAGAAUCCAAGUGGAAAUCUGUACACUUGGAAUUGGUGGAGCCUGCUGUAAGCAUAAGAACUUUGAGGGCUCGUAUGAUUGGUCUUGAUAAGAAUGACCUUGACAAAGCUUUCAUACAGCUUACGCUUGAGUUCGUCACUAAGCAGAAAUUUGAAGCCUAUAAUUCAAAAGGAGAGGUUGUGUCAGGGGACAAGUCAAAGGAGGUACUGGUGAAAGACAUAUGGGUGUUUGAAAGAUCCCUUUUCCACCCUGGAGCAUACUGGCGUGUGUGUGGGCGAAUCACAUUGUGAUAAUCUCUUGGUUCCUUCCUGAAUGAUCUGAAGGAUGGCUUUUGUUAUGCGCAGCAGUUUGAAUAAAUAUUUUGCCCUGCCGCCCUUUUUUGCCUGUCUAACUGACUGUCUAACGAAGAUCUACAGACAUGCUUAUGAAAACAGUAAUGGUAGGUUUUUUCUUGUUCCUUGGGGAAUUGUCAGCUGAAGAUACAAGUCUUGUCCCGUAUUAGCUAGGGAAGCAACUUGGGCAUACUGCAUUUGGUAGUUUACUUUACUGUUACCAGAUUUAUCUCUAUUGUGGUCAUUUUGAUAGAACAUUGCCAAUAACUUCAGUGAUCAUACAGUAUUGGUAAUUUUUGUUAGUAAA